UUGAGUUUUUUUUCGACGACUUUCAUCGAUACCGUUGCCAGUCGAGAACGUCAAACGGAAUAAGGUUUGGAAGAGGUGCAAAAAUCUUGUGCGAGGAAAAAAAGUCCACUGUUUUUUCCGAUAAUUUCACCAGUUUUAGAGCAAUUCUCCUUCAUCGAACCUAGCCCACGAAAGGAACGAGAAUGCUUCGAGCGCCGUUAACCAGGGCUCUCGCGGUUGGAGCACGUAGCCCAACGCACGUCGCCAUCAGGGCUGCGGCUACGACCCCAGCUAAAGCUCCCGAGCAAAUCGAAGUAUUUGUUGACGACAUGCCGGUGAUGGUGGAUCCGGGAACGACUGUACUGCAGGCUGCUGCACUGGUGGGCGUUGAAAUUCCUCGUUUCUGUUAUCACGAACGGUUGGCCGUGGCCGGAAAUUGUCGGAUGUGUUUGGUGGAAGUGGAAAAGUCUCCGAAACCGGUGGCCGCCUGUGCUAUGCCGGUGAUGAAAGGAUGGCGCAUUAAAACUAAUUCGGAAAUGACCCGUAAGGCACGGGAGGGAGUGAUGGAAUUUCUGCUGAUGAACCAUCCGUUGGAUUGUCCGAUUUGUGAUCAGGGCGGAGAGUGUGACCUGCAGGAUCAGGCAAUGGCUUUCGGUUCGGAUCGGUCACGGUUUACCGAUAUUGAUCAUACCGGAAAGCGAGCGGUAGAGGAUAAGGACAUCGGUCCACUGGUUAAAACCAUUAUGACUCGGUGUAUUCACUGCACUCGCUGUAUUCGGUUCGCUUCGGAGGUGGCUGGAGUUGAUGAUUUGGGUACCACGGGACGUGGUAACGAUAUGCAGAUUGGAACCUAUGUGGAGAAGUUGUUCCUUUCGGAGCUUUCCGGAAACGUGAUCGAUCUGUGUCCAGUCGGAGCGUUGACCAAUAAGCCGUACAGUUUCGUAGCUCGACCUUGGGAAAUCCGUAACGUUGAGUCCAUUGAUGUGCUGGAUGCUGUUGGUAGUAAUAUUAUUGUUAGUACCCGUACCGGUGAAGUACUACGUAUUUUGCCUCGCGAGAACGACGAAAUCAACGAGGAGUGGCUGUCGGAUAAGUCUCGCUUUGCGUGCGAUGGUUUGAAACGUCAGCGUCUGAUUGCUCCAAUGCUUCGCAACCCCAGUGGAGAGUUGGAAGCGGUUGAAUGGGAAUCGGCAUUAAUUACCAUUGCUCAAGCUUUACGAGGUGCUCCGAAGGGAAAAAUAGCUGCUGUCGCCGGAGGAUUAGCCGACGCUGAAGCGUUGGUAUCUUUAAAAGAUCUCCUGAAUCGUUUGGGAUCAGAAACAUUGUGUACCGAGCAGAAAUUCCCGAUUGAUGGGUCGGGAACCGACUUCCGUUCCAGUUAUCUGCUGAACUCAUCGAUUGCCGCUUGCGAAGAGGCCGAUCUGGUUCUGCUCGUGGGAACUAAUCCGAGAUACGAAGCCCCGCUUUUAAACACUCGGCUUCGCAAGGGUUUCAUCCAUAACGAGCAGAAUAUUGCUCUGAUUGGGCCGAAGGUGAAUCUGUCCUACGAGUAUGAGCAUCUUGGAAAUGACGCUUCCUUGGUCCGGGACAUUGCCAGCGGAAAUCAUCCGUUCGCAAAGAAAUUGAAGGCCGCCAAGAAACCGUUGAUUAUUGUCGGUGCUGACUCGUUAGCCCGGAAGGAUGGUGGUGCUUUUGCGACCGCUCUGCAUGUUUUCGCCAAUUCACUACAACCUGCAGAUCCCAACUGGAAGGUUUGGAAUGUACUGCAGACGAAUGCGGCUCAAGCAGCCGCUUUAGACGUUGGUUACGCUCCGGGAGUAGAUUCAGCAAUCGCUGCGGAACCGAAGGUUCUUUUCCUCCUGGGAGCUGAUGCCGGUGUUAUAAAGAAGGAUCAGCUUCCCAAAGAUUGCUUCAUCAUUUAUCAGGGUCACCACGGAGACGAUGGUGCUCAGUUGGCCCACGCUAUUCUGCCGGGAGCGGCAUAUACCGAAAAGCAGGCUACCUACGUUAAUACGGAAGGACGCGCUCAGCAGACCUUAGCUGCAGUGACUCCACCCGGUCUGGCUCGUGAGGACUGGAAAAUUUUGCGGGCUUUGUCCGAAGUUGUUGGUGCUCCGCUGCCGUAUGACACUUUGGACGAACUGCGCUCUCGGAUGGAGGACAUAGCUCCGCAUCUGGUUCGCUACGGAAAGCUGGAGAAGGCUAACUUCUUUAAAACAGCUGAAGAGCUCCUACGUAACGCAGCUUUGAAUUUCGAUGGCAGCAAGGUCGACGUUCGUCAGCACACGUUGGAGGACUUCUUUAUGACGGAUCCGAUUACGCGAGCUUCGCCGACAAUGGCGAAGUGUGUUACGGCGGCUAAGAAGCAAGCUGCGCAGGCCGCCAAUUAGUUGGUUCCGAUUAUGGUGCAAACAUAGAAUUCUUUGAGAACUCGACAAAUAUGAAUGUUAUUGAUUUUAACUGGCGCGAAAAUUGUCGAUGGAACCAGUUUUCCGGAUCAUGAAAGUAGCGAUUGUAUAUUUGAACAGGAUGUCGAGUUAUAGAACGUCAUCAAUUUACUAAUAAUAAUAAAAACUAACUUAAAUUUGUCCAAUAAAUAUAAUGGAAAUUGAUAAA